GGGAAAGUAUUGCUAUGAAUAUUAUUUUUUUCCCUGGUAUCUUCCAUUUCAUUAAUAUCAUUGUCUGACUCUGAAUCACAUUUUCAACGAUUUGGAUAUCCAUAUGCGAUUUUAAAUUAUUAACAGCCGCUAUUAGCUAUAACUACCUAAACAGAUAGCGCUACAAGUAGCGCGCUACUUUAACAACUCUGGUGAUCAUUAUGUCUGGUUCAAUUAUAUCAUUGGUCAGGUUUUAAUAAAGAAUAUUUUAAAAAAUUUAUAUUUAUUUGAGUUUAUAUUCGUUUUACGAUAUUAACCAAUCAAAAUAUUUCGCUCUUACUCUUAAGAUUUGAAUUUAUCCCCUAAAUAGUUCAUUGCCCAUUUGUAUUUAGACAAGGUAAUUGGGUGGUAUAAUUUUAAAUAUGAAAUUUGAUUUUAAAUAUGAAAUUGAGUUUCUUAGAAAUGAUUUUGUCAUACAAACUAAUACUAUUGUGAAUUUUUAUUUAAAGUCUUAUGAGGAUUAUGAAAUUAAGAUAACAUCAAUUUACAAAAAUAGCAAACAAAUGAUUGAAUUAAAAGAAAAAAUAUUUAAUAUCAAUCAGGAAAUUUAUAAAAUAAAUCUUAACAAAGUUGUUAUAGGUGAAGAAUUUAUUAAAUAUAACAAUGAAGAACUUCAAAAUAAAAUACUCAAUAUUUGCUGCAAAAGUGAAUAUCAGAAAAAUAUAAAAAAAUUAAAUGAGGAUUGUAAAAUACGAGAAUAUUCUGAAUCUAUUAAUAAAUUCCAAAUAUAUAAUUCAUAUACAAAUAAGUUUAGAAGAAAACAUCAAAUUUUGUCUGAAUUUUUAGGAAUAUAUAUUGUCCCUGAACCAAAAAACAAAAUGGUUAAAAUAUCUCUUAAAGCUAAUAUCUUGCAUAGCUGUUCUCCAAAUAUGGGCUCUUUCUGGAUCAAAGUAUUAGAAUAUCCAAAAAAUUGUAUGGAAAAUAAUGAUAUAACAAAUUUUAAAGAUGCAAUCUAUAAUUAUAUUGUUGUCAAGACAGAUCCUCUUAUUGAUGAAAACCUCAUGAAUAAAUGGACAAUUGAUUUGAAUAGAGAUGAUAACUUUAUUUUAUUUUUAUGUCGAAUUAGAGAGGAAUUUAAAAAAUUAAUAUAAAUUAUUUAUAUUAUAUAUAUAUUAAAUUAUUCAUUGUUUGAUAGAUUUUAGGUAUGAAUAUAAAAUUUUUUACUUUGU